CGGAUACUUUUUACAAGUAGGUUCAAAUUUUUUUGGAGCCUAUUGAAAAAUAAUCAAACAUAAGCUUUUUGAUCAAUUUUCAGUCUUAAAUUUGAAAUGCGCAGAAUAAAUAACAAUUAAAUACAAAAACACGCUCACAGAAUUUUCAUAUUCGUUAUCAGUCUGGCUUAUAGCAGUUUAUAUAUCGCAGUUGAAUUUCUCCGUCGAUUUAGUUUGCAAUUUAAAGGAGAAGUAACAAGUAUUUGUCAAAAUGUUGUCUAGAGAACUAAGUCCACUAAUGUUUCUUCUGGUCCUUACCGGGAUGAGCAACGCCCAAUUUGAUGGCUGUAAUUAUGAGCAAACACUAAACCCAGGACAAACUUAUUACAUAUAUAACCCAAAUUAUCCGAAUGAUGAAAGUGCACCCAUGAAUUCUUGCCGGUGGAUCGUUAACAGUGAUCGGCUGAUCAAAAUGAAUUGUUCUAUUUCGUUGCCUGAGUCUCCCUAUUGCAAGUCCGAUGCUUUUAUUCUUCAAACAUCUGCAACAAAUCAGGGUGAACGCUACUGUGGCACAGGUCCCAUCGAUGUUCAUGCUGAGGAUGGUAAUAGGAUAAUUGUCUCAUCGCAUUUGUCUGCCGGACGAUUCCUUUGUGAGGUCAGAUCUGAUAGUGACAAUAAUAACGAGUGCAGCUGUGGUUGGAAAAAUCCGACGAGAAUCGUUGGAGGGGUAUCCACUGGUGUUAACGAGUAUCCGAUGAUGGCAGGACUUAUUGAUGUGAUAAACCAAAAUGUAUUCUGCGGAUCUACUAUCAUAAAUACCCAGCAAGUGUUAACAGCUGCAAAUUGUGUCAAUGGAAGAAGUUCCAACACCGUGGGUGUUAUGAUCGGUGAUCACGAUAUUUCCAAAACGACUGACACCAACGCAACAAAGUUAUACAAAGUAGCCAGUAUCAUCAUACAUCCGGAAUUCUCUACCGAUUUUCUGGAUUAUGACAUCGCGGUGAUCACUAUCGAUGGUACAAUGAUAUACAGCCAUCAAGUGGGACCUGCUUGUCUUCCUUUUCAACAUUCUUUGGACAGUUUUGGAGGAAACUACGUCGACUUACUUGGUUGGGGAUUGACCGAGUUCGGCGGACGACAAUCUCCUGUCUUGCAAGACGCGAGGGUUAGUGUCAUCACAAAUAAAAUUUGCAUGGAAACGUAUAGCGAAAUCGGAUCAAGGCAGCUCUGUACUCUCACGGAUGGAAAAGACAGCUGUGAAUUUGACAGCGGUGGUCCCGUUUUGUGGGAAAAUCCUACCACGAAAAAUAUUGUUCUCGUUGCGAUAAUCGGCUACAGCCGUUUGUGCGCUGAUGAAAAACCUUCUGUUAACUCUAGAGUUGGAGCUUACAUAGAUUGGAUAAGAACACAAGCUCCACAAGGUUACCAAUACUGUGAAAACGAAUAAUGACAUAAUUUAUUGAUUAUGCUGUAAAAUUGAAUCAUUUAUUUAUUUGUUUAAAUUAUUUUAUUUAAAAUAAAAAAAUGGGAGAGUCCAUUUAACUGGUCUUUGCUCAAAGAAUUAAUAGUGGCAUGUACAAAAAAAACGUGAUAGCUCAAGCAGAAAAUUAUUAUGGAGUUUUUUUUGUCAAUUUUUUCGUUUUAAACGAUUAUUAAUAACGGAACGAUAACUAUAAAUUACUUGUUUGCUAAUGCCAAGUUUGACUGGAGUAAAAUCGAGUUUUCAACUUACAACGGCUCGACGACAAUUGUAACAAUUGUCGGGACAAUAAUAGAACUUGAAAUAAUGAAAAAUCGCACAGAUGUUAAUGAUUUUACAAAAAUAUUAGUAGGAUGCUUGUCAGAUUUCGCCGCAACUGUGACGUUCUCCUUCAUCUGGAAACCUUGGCAUAUUUAAUUGGGUUCCAUUUUAGGAAUUUUAACUGGCAUUAUUGUACCUAUCAGCAGAUCAGCUAUUUCUAAAUCUGUCCUUUCAGAUGACCUAGGUAAAGUGUUCUCUGUGGUGACGUUUAUAGAAACAAUACUACCAUUAGGAAGUGCUCCAUUGUAUACUUUGGUUUACUCUUCAUACAUAGCAGAUUAUCCUACCCCCAGUAUUCCUCUUAUCGACAACUAUGUACUUUUUUAUGGUAGUUAUUGCUGGAGUUAUGAAUUCAAGAUUCGUUCGGUAUCAUAAUAGUUAACAGUGAGAUUUUUUUAAUUAGUAAAUUGAACUUAUUUAUUUCAUAAAAAUAGUCAUUCUUGAGAUAGUUGUUGUGGUUAAGGCAUACCAUCAGAAAAUUCUCAAUUUUUGUAUACUUAUUAAGGACAUGAUGAUACAAUUACCCUAAAAAUUUGAAGUUGAUUGACCACCUAUAACCCGAGAUGAAUUUAAUUAAAAGUUGGAUAUUUAACAUUGAUUGGAUAUGCUCUCUGCAGUUCUGUACCAGUUUCUUAGUUAUAAAAAUAAAAAUAAAAAAAAACUAACUGAAAAAAUAUAUAUCUAUAUACGGAGUCGGACAGAAACAAUAUUGUAUGGGUUGCGUCUCCACGGGUACAGUUUUACGUAAAAAUUAUGGAUUACUUAGCUACAAGCUCAUAUACUUUUGCAGCGCGUAAAAUCUCUAAUUUUUUGACAAUAUUGUACCAUGACAACUACCUUAAACAGAGUAAAAAUUAUUUAUUAAUUUAUUAUGCAUAAUAAUUUUUUUAUUGUUGUUAACAUUUAAGCUUAUUUUUUGUAAGACCUGAGAAGUAUUUCUUAGUGACAAUAAUUUAUAUUACUAAAAUCAAAC